AUGACAAAUGAUGAUCAUGAUGAUCAACAACCACCUCAAAAAACAGCAAAAAAUUCAAUACCAAUGCCAACCGAAAUCAUCGAAGAGAUUGUGUUAAGACUCCCUGUCAAAUCCAUUCUCCGAUUCAGCGCAGUUUCGAAACAAUGGCUAUCGUUCAUAUCCCAUCCAUCUUUCGCUGAACUCCACUUCACUCGCAAAAGCAACCACACAUCUCUCUUAAUUACUGCUUACGACUGCACAAGCAAACGACACUAUCUCCAGACUGCCCCUCAUAACGGUGGACCGGUCAUUGACUUCUUGACCGAUUAUUGCAUUCCUAACAGGUCUGAAUCCCAACAUCUGAAUGGUUUAGUCUUAUUUACUAGCAACAAGACUCCCCAUGCCAAUUACCCUUAUGUUAUCAAUCCUAGCACGCGUAAAUCUUACGAGCUGACUUUCCCUUAUAGCACUUACGAUACUCAUCAAUCUUUUCCCACGAAUAAUUUGAAAAAGCUUCCUGUUGGUAUGACUGCAAAGAUGCAUUGCUUCCCUGAAUCUAUAAAUAGUGUUUGUGUCAAUAAUGUAAUACAUAUGACAAUGUUCAUGGGACUUCGUGUAAUCUUAGCGUUUGACUUGAGAACAGAGACUUUUUCUGUAAUGAACGUUCCACGUGAAUUGGAUUUGGAGGAGGGUAAUGUGAUACAACCAUACCUCAUGAACAUCAAUGGCUUGUUAGGAGUUGUUUGUUUUCGUAAAACCAAUGAAUUACAUAUUUGGAUGUUACAAGACUAUGAAAAUCGUACUUGGGUCAGAGAAAUUGUUCCUCUAUACGUGCCAUGGAAUAGUACUUUGGGUUGCCGCCCUUACCCAUUAGGCUCUACUAAUUUGGAAGAGAUUGUGUUUUCCCAGAUUAUGUGUUUUCCCAGACUAGAUGUACUAAGUGGGUAA